UUUCGUGUUUAAUCCCACUUUGUUUGACCACACAGUUUAUCAAGAUGGCUUUCUGCUGCUUAUUAAGCAUUUCAGACAGUAUGUGGAUGGUUUUUACGCAUUCAAAAUGGCAGGUUGUGUUUUUCAUUCUUUGCUUCAGCGGAAUGGACGUCGUAAAUUGCAAUGUGAGAUAUUCCAUCCCGGAGGAAAUGCCAGAGGGAUCAUUCGUAGGCAACAUCGCUAAGGAUCUGGGGAUAGAGAUAAGUAGACUCAUAUCUGGAAAAGCUCGUGUCGUAACAAAGGGAGGACGACAGUAUGUCGAUCUGAGCAGAGACAAAGGAACUCUAGUAGUUAAAGAAAGAAUAGAUCGCGAGGAGCUCUGUAAGCAAACGACGCCUUGCAGCUUCAGUUUUGAUCUUAUCGUUGAAAACCCUAUCCAGCUGCACCGAGUCACUGUUGAGGUGCAAGAUAUAAACGAUAAUGCUCCGUUAUUUCCGAAAGAAAAUGUUAACCUGAAAAUAGCUGAAAAUGCAGUUUUAGGAGCUCGCUUCCCUUUGGAUAGCGCUAUAGAUACAGAUGUCGGUCUGAAUAGUAUACAGAGCUAUAAACUACAUCCAGCUGAUAGUUUUAAACUGGAGGUGCAUAGUCAGACCGAUGGCAACAAAUACAUUGAGAUGGUUUUACAGCGAGAACUAGAUCGAGAGGAGCGCGAUGAGAUUAAAUUGGUUCUUGUAGCAGCUGAUGGUGGAUCACCUCAAAAAUCAGGCACUGUAAAAAUUCAUAUUACUGUUCUGGAUGUUAAUGAUAAUGCCCCGGUGUGUAAACAGUCAGUAUUUAAAACUGAAGUAAGGGAAGAGUCUCCUGCUGGUACUGUUAUUGGUUCUGUUAGUGCUGCUGAUGCUGACGAAGGUGCAAAUGGCCAUGUUUCCUAUUCCUUCGCUGUAGCCAGCAAAGAAGCGAGGGAGCUUUUUGAGAUAAACACAGAUACAGGUGAGAUUACAAUUCUUGGUCAUUUAGAUUAUGAAUCUCAAAAUAGUUAUCAGUUAAACAUUCAUGCAAGAGAUAAAGGAGGUCUCGCAGAUACAUGCAAAUAUGUCAUAGAUGUGAUUGAUGAAAAUGACAACUCUCCCACCAUUCAGCUUAUGUCCUUCUCAAACACCCUUCCUGAAAAUUCUCCACUGGGAACAACUGUUGCAGUCAUUAACGUAGAGGACGCGGAUUCCGGUAAAAACGGUCUUGUUCAUUGCUCACUAAAUCAAAACAUACCGUUUAAUAUCGAGUCAUCUCUCACAGACUAUUAUAGUUUAAUUACUGAUGAUAUGCUUGAUCGAGAAAGUUUUGCUGAAUAUAACAUAUCGAUCUUGGUAUCAGACCAAGGAAGUCCAGCGCGACACGCAAGCAAAAUACUGACGGUAAAAAUAUCCGAUGUCAAUGACAACCCGCCUAUAUUCGAUUCUGACGAAUAUAAAACAUUUGUUGGUGAAAAUAAUUCUCCUGGUCUGACUAUACUGACUGUUAAAGCAAAAGAUGCUGACUGGGGUCCCAACGCGCAAUUGUCCUACUUCCUGAAGGAUGAAGACAUGCGUGGUGUGCCGAUAAGUUUUCUCGUGUCUGUGGAUUCACUUACUGGAACUAUUCAUGCAGUGAAAUCAUUUGAUUUUGAACAGUUAAAAUCGUUUGCCUUUAACGUGACAGCUCGAGACGGAGGAUCCCCGCCCUUGAGCUGUGAAGUGACAAUAAAUAUUAAUAUUCAAGAUCAGAAUGACAACGCUCCACAGGUUCUGUAUCCAGUACAGACUGGCAGUUCAGUGGUGGCUGAGAUUGUGCCUCGUGCUGCAGAUGUUGGAUAUCUCGUCACUAAAGUGGUGGCUGUUGAUGUGGACUCUGGACAGAAUGCCUGGCUCUCCUAUAAACUACACAAAGCUACAGACAGAGCGCUGUUUGAAGUGGGUUUACAGAAUGGAGAAAUAAGAACUGUGCGACAAGUGACUGAUAAAGAUGCUGUCAAACAGAAACUCACUGUUGUUGUGGAGGAUAACGGACAUCCCUCUCGCUCAGCUGUGGUCUCCAUUAACGUGGCUGUGGCUGACAGUUUUCCUGAAGUGCUGUCAGAGUUCACAGACUUUACGCAUGAAAAACAAUAUAACGACAACCUGACUUUUUAUUUAGUUCUCGCACUGGCCGCUGUUUCUUUCCUCUUUAUCACUUGUGUGGUUGUGAUAAUAUCAGUAAAGAUCUACAGAUGGAGACAAUCUCGCUUUCUCUAUCAGUCCAAUCUGCCUGUUAUUCCGUACUAUCCACCGCAUUACGCAGACACAGGAGUCACUGGAACUCUGCCGCACGGGUAUAAUUAUGAAGUGUGCAUGACGACUGACUCGAGGAAGAGUGACUGUAAGUUUUCUACACUCGGUGGACAGAGUGUGUUAGUGGUGGACCCGAGUUUCACUGAGACGAUGCAGCGCGCAAUCAAGGAACAAAACUGCUUAGAAGAUCCAGAAUUGCAAAAAAUGGUAAGACGUUCUUAUAGACAGCCAUUGGACCGUGUUAUCCUAUGGAGGGUCUUAUUCGUCGUGGUUGUUUGCUUGAUCUCAAACACAAAUGCACAGAUUCGUUACUCAGUUCCAGAGGAAAUGAAGAAAGGAUCUCUUAUCGGGAAUAUAGCUCAUGAUCUUGGUCUGGAUGCUCAAAGACUGCGCUCGGGUCGGGCUCGUAUCGUGUCUGGCGACAGCACUGAAUACGUAGAGCUGAAAACAGACAAAGGGAUUUUGGUUGUGAAGGAGAGAAUUGACCGAGAGCAGCUUUGCGCUGAAACCACUCCGUGCAGCUUCACAUUUGAAAUAAUACUUGAUAAUCCAAUGGAGCUACAUCACGUUACGGUAGAAAUAUUGGAUGUAAACGAUCAUUCACCAACAUUUCCUAACGAUGAAAUUAAUCUUGAAAUAAGUGAAUCAGCCGCGCCUGGAGCUCUUUUUUUACUGGAAAGCGCAGAUGAUCCUGAUGUAGGUCUAAACGCACUACAACAUUAUACUAUGUCACCUAAUGAUUAUUUUAUUCUAAAGGAACAUUCGAGCCCAGAUGGAAUCAAAUAUGCUGAAAUGGUGCUUCAGAAACCUCUAGACAGAGAGCAGCAUCCACGACUGUCUCUCAUUCUCACAGCGGUUGAUGGAGGAAACCCUCAAAGAUCUGGUAAUAUGAAAAUAGAAGUCACCCUACUAGAUAUAAAUGAUAACGCACCUAUCUUUAACCAGUCAGUUUACAGGACAACAAUAGCGGAAAAUGCGCCUAAGGGUACUUAUAUUACAACUGUAAAUGCUAGUGAUGCAGACAGUGAAGCAAAUAGUUUAAUUUCCUACAGUUUCGCUAAUUUCAAAAGUAACAGAAAUGACAUUUUUAAAAUCGAUAGAAAAACAGGUGUUAUCACUCUAACUGGAAUAUUUGACUAUGAAAGAGCAAAGAAACACGAAAUUGGAAUCGAGGCCAAAGAUCAGGGUGGUUUAGGAAAUUCGGCUAAAGUCAUAGUUGAUUUAAUUGAUGUUAAUGAUAAUGCACCAGUUAUCAGUGUUAUGUCAUUUUCAAGUCCAGUUACGGAAGACGCAACUGUUGGAACCACUAUCGCUAUUUUCAGUGUCAAGGAUCUAGAUGCAGGAGACAAUGGACACGUUGACUGUACAAUUGAUAGAAACACACCAUUCAAACUUCAGUCUUCACUGCGGAAUUAUUACACUUUAGUGACUGACGCUGCUUUAGAUCGUGAACGUGUGGUCGAAUAUAACAUCACAAUUACAGCUACAGAUUCAGGGUCUCCUGCGCUUUCCAGUCAGAAAACUUUAAAUCUGAAAGUAUCAGAUGUUAAUGACAAUCCGCCCAGGUUUCAAAAGAGUGUUUACACUGCAUAUGUUACUGAAAAUAAUUCACCUGGUUUGUCCAUAUUUACUCUGAGUGCUCAAGAUGAUGAUUGGAACCAGAACGCCCGUAUUUCGUAUCUUAUAGAUGAAACUACAGUGGGUGGAUCCCCUUAUUCCUCUUUUAUAUCAGUAAAUGCUGACAGUGGAGUGGUACACGCGCUGCGCGGUUUUGACUAUGAGCAAAUGAAAAGUGUUAGUGUCUGUGUGAAAGCACAAGAUGGAGGCUCUCCACCUCUCAGCACUAAUGUGACUUUGGACAUUAUAAUCCAAGAUCAGAAUGACAACGCUCCUCAGGUUCUGUAUCCAGUACAGACUGGCGGUUCAGUGGUGGCUGAGAUUGUGCCUCGUGCUGCAGAUGUUGGAUAUCUCGUCACUAAAGUGGUGGCUGUUGAUGUGGACUCUGGACAGAAUGCCUGGCUCUCCUAUAAACUACAGAAAGCUACAGACAGAGCGCUGUUUGAAGUGGGUUUACAGAAUGGAGAAAUAAGAACUGUGCGACAAGUGACUGAUAAAGAUGCUUUCAAACAGAAACUCACUGUUGUUGUGGAGGAUAACGGACAGCCCUCUCGCUCAGCUGUGGUCUCCAUUAACGUGGCUGUGGCUGACAGUUUUCCUGAAGUGCUGUCAGAGUUCACAGACCUUACGCAUGAAAAACAAUAUAACGACAACCUGACUUUUUAUUUAGUUCUCGCUCUGGCCGCUGUUUCUUUCCUAUUUAUCACUUGUGUGGUUGUGAUAAUAUCAGUAAAGAUCUACAGAUGGAGACAAUCUCGCUUUCUCUAUCAGUCCAAUCUGCCUGUUAUUCCGUACUAUCCACCGCAUUACGCAGACACAGGAGUCACUGGAACUCUGCCGCACGGGUAUAAUUAUGAAGUGUGCAUGACGACUGACUCGAGGAAGAGUGACUGUAAGUUUUCUACACUCGGUGGUCAGAGUGUGUUAGUGGUGGACCCGAGUUUCACUGAGACGAUGCAGCGCGCAAUGAAAGAAAAUAACUUCUUAGAAGAUCCCGACAACAAGUGUCCUGAAAUGGUAAGAUCAACUGUUAUGUGA